GUGAGGAAGGAGGCACCUCACAAAGACGUGUUGCGAAAAUCCCUCUGGGAUUUUACCCAGGGUUUGCACUGAAAAGAAACAGCACUAAAUUUAGCGUCUUCAGUUCUUUUAGAUGGGAAGUGUCUUUUGUAAAUUAGUCAGAGGGAGGGAGGCCGGCCGGGAGUCAGGGGAGGAGUCGGCCGGCCCUUUCCAGUUAGCAAAGUUCAGGCGGUUGCAAAGUCACGGCUCUUUAGGUUAGGGCACGCUGGCAUAACCUCGUUUCACCCCGUGAGCUGGUUCUAAACAGGGAACCAUAAAACCCUGAAAUGCAUGCGGGGUGUCACCCAUCCCCGAGGCUCCACUGCCAGGGCGGGGGAGCACUGCGCCCCUUGUCCUCCAGCUGCCCGGGAGGAGCCAGGUGGUAGUCUGCAAAUGCCUGGUCCGGCCCCGGAGGCCUGACGGUGAAGGACUGGCGGCGGCCGAGGGCCGAGGAGGGAGGCACGCGAGCGAGCGAGCGAGCGAGCGCGGGCGCGCGGGCACGGGGCCGGGUCCCGCCGGCCGCCCAGGCGCCGCCCCCUGUCUUCCCCGCCCCGGCACGUCGGGGGGUUCCGGGCGCCGAGACUGCAGGGGCCCCCAUGGAGGCGGCCUCGCCGGCUGGACCCCGCGCCCCGCAGCUGUACGCGCCACGAGGGGCGGGCGCGCUGGGGAGCCUGCUGCGCGGGCUCACAGGCCAGCUCUUCACCUGGCAUAUCUUGAAGACAGUUGCCCUGGGUCAGAUGCUGUCCUUGUGUAUAUGUGGGACAGCCAUCACCAGCCAGUACCUGGCAGAAAAAUACAAAGUGACCACCCCCAUGCUUCAGAGCUUUAUCAACUAUUGCCUGCUGUUUCUAUUUUAUACAGUGAUGCUGACAUUUCAAUCAGGGAGCGAUAACCUUUUAUCCAUCUUGAAGAGAAAAUGGUGGAAGUAUGUCCUCCUUGGGUUAGCAGACGUGGAAGCUAAUUACCUGAUCGUCCGAGCGUACCAGUACACCACUCUAACCAGUGUCCAGCUUCUGGACUGCUUUGGGAUCCCUGUGUUGAUGGCUCUCUCGUGGUUUAUUCUUUAUGCAAGAUACAGAGUGAUCCACUUCGUCGCUGUGGCUGUGUGUCUGCUGGGCGUGGGAACGAUGGUCGGUGCAGACAUCCUGGCAGGGAGGGAAGACAACUCCGGGAGUGACGUCCUGAUUGGUGACAUCUUGGUCCUUCUUGGGGCUUCCCUCUAUGCUGUUUCUAACGUGUGUGAAGAAUACAUUGUGAAGAAGCUGAGCAGACAGGAGUUUUUAGGGAUGGUGGGCUUAUUUGGAACAAUUAUCAGCGGCAUACAGCUAUUGAUUGUGGAAUAUAAGGAUAUUGCCAGCAUCCAGUGGGACUGGAAGAUUGCCCUGCUGUUUGUGGCGUUUGCCCUCUGCAUGUUUUGCCUGUACAGCUUCAUGCCACUCGUGAUUAAAGUCACCAGUGCCACCUCUGUGAACUUGGGCAUCCUGACAGCUGACCUCUACAGUCUUUUCUUUGGACUCUUUCUGUUUGGCUAUAAGUUCUCCGGGCUCUACAUUCUGUCCUUCUCCGUCAUCAUGGUGGGCUUCAUUCUGUACUGCUCUGCCCCGACGCGCACGGCGGAGCCCGCAGAAAGCAGCGUGCCGCCCGUCUCCGGCAUCGGGAUCGACAACCUAGGGCUGAAGCUGGAGGAGAACCUGCAGGAGACCCACUCAGCCGCCUUGUAGCUACAGAGGAAGGCGCCUGUGCUUGUGCACCCGAGGCUUCCCCGGAAACCGGGAGGCGCCCCUGGAGGCAGCAGACCCUGCUGACGGCAGAGGGGACUCGGAAAAUUAUUAGGGGAGCGAGCACUGCAACUUUGGAUUGGAUCCCAGUGGUUAGAUUUUGCAAAGGAAUAGAAAGUAGUGUAUCGAAGCAGAAAUACGAAAACAGAGCAGAAGGCAAGGUGGCUGGGAUCAUGUUUCUGUGGGUUUGAGGACCAAUACCUGCUCGGGUCAGGGAGACAAGGUGUGCCCCACACUGGGGUCUCAGAGACACCCGUGGGAAAGCGUGGUGGGGCCGAUAGCCAGGCAUGAUCCAGCCUCAGGGCAGGGCCUGCGAGCAGGCUGUCCAGGCUGGGCUGGGCAGUCAGGAGUGGGGGCAGCCCAGGGUGGUUUGGGAGCUGCUUCCCAUGGUUGGAGGCCUCUGGGUUUUGCCUUGCCAGGGUAGUCAUUGUCCACAAGCCCUGUGGUCUUCACGCCACAGUGAGGUCUGGUGACUGAUUGCAUAUGGCAGCAGCAUGGGUGGGGUAGCCCUUGAGAAAUCCUGAGAUACCAGUGUGGGUACCAUUGAGGCAGGAAAGAGGGGUGGUGCAGUAAACCUGGGGACCCUCUCUCUGUUCUUCAAAGAGGAUACUACACUACUUCUCACCAAGUAUUUGUAAUGUGCCAUGAAAUUUUUAUGAUACUUCUUCAAUACAAAGUGCAACUAUGUAGCAUCAUUAUGAUAUUAACUACCACUCUGCCACUUUACAAAAACUGUAAACGGUAUGUAAACUUUUCUUUAAUGUAAUAAAUAAAUCGAGGGGAAGUGUUCAUGUUAUUAAAAGAUUUUGAUUUCAUGGGAA